GAAGUGGAUACGGCAGAGCUAGCAUAGCUAUCCGGAAGAAGUAGCCACUCGAAGGCAAAACUGUCUGCUAACAGCUCGACGUUGUAGUAAAUGAUUUUGUUUGCACACGUCGGUGCUCCUGUAGUCGGGUAGACUGCUAUCAUGUUGUCAGCGAAUUUGGAGGAUUUUUGCUUCCUCGAGGAGGAUGAAGUCGGCGGGACUCGGUAGUCUGGUUUGAGCUUCCUGCUGCUCGUUCUCCUCAAGUUAGCUCUUUUUGGACACGUAGCUCGGGGAAUGAUAAUGCACAGUACAGCGGCAUCACAGGACCCCUCCCAUGGUGUAGGGGAAAGGGGGGAGCUGGUACACACAAUUUCCAAGGAGACUCUGGGAUCUCCAGAUGCUUCUGAGCUGGGAAGCCCAAGAUCUACACUGAACUUUGACCUCCUCAACAUGGUUGUGUCGUACAAGAGAAUGGCGCUCUUCUUAGAACCAGUGACAGAUGCAAUGGAGUUGGCUCGCUUCCUGCUCGGGUGGAAGAUGCCCCUGUGUUCGCUGCUUGUCUGCGUAUUUUUCAAUGUCUUCUUCUGCACUAUCAACGAAGUGGGUUGGAUGUCAGUAUGUUUGGUGGCAGUCACGGUGCCUGCUAUUUUGGGCUACCUGCAGGACAGGUGCUGGGGCAGAGCCUCAGAAGCUGAGCUCCAGAGAAGACGCUAUCAUACCGUGCACCGCAGAGACUUGCAGACGGUGCACCUCAGUAAACAGGAGGCCAUGCUGGAAGUCAAAGACCUGUUGAAGCACCUGGAUGACAUGCUUUCUUCGGCCUGUCAUUCAGCAGAAACACUUUACAAGGUCCUGUACUGGGACAAUCACACCACGUCAUCAAGAUUCUAUGGAGGAACGUUUACAGUGGUGUGUCUUCUCUACCUUGCUCCUGUGGGCUGGGUGCUCGCUGGGUUGAACAGUACCAUCUUCCUAUGGAAUCGAGACUUCCACAGAGUUUUGUUGGACCUGAAGAAGUUGUUCCAUUUCGGCAAGGACCCCACUUCAGAGGCAGUGUGUGAAGAACAGGAGCACAGCAACAUAGUGGACAGAACACCCACACCAACCAGUCUGGAGGACAUGUCACCUGGCAGUGUCGAGGAAGCUGAAGAGGCUGAGCCUGAUGAUGAAUUUAAAGAUGCAAUUGAGGAAAGUUCAAUUCCCCUGCAAGAAACCCCUUUGGUGUUAGUGGAGGACGAUGAUGGUCCUCUUGGAGCACCCGAGUUUGACACCGUCUCUGAAAACGGUCUGCUUAGUCGUAACGAACCGAUACGCAGCAAAGUGUCCAAGCUGACAGAGAAACUGCGCAAGCGCUACCCCACCACUGGUGCAGGCAACUGUGCCAGCUGCAAUGCUGUCUUCUCAGUGCUGAAGAAAAGGAAGAACUGUAGUAACUGUGGCAACAGCUUUUGUUCGCGAUGCUGUUCUUUCAAGGUGCCGAGGUCUUGCAUGGGAGCCACAGCUCCAGAGGCCCAGAGAGAGACUGUGUUCGUUUGUGCUGCCUGCAAUUCCUCUCUCAUCAAGUUACAAUGACACGUCAGCCGUGUAUCCCAGCAGUAUGGUCCUCACGGUUUGCUUCUAAACUCCUCAUUAAGUUACUAAACCCUCAACAUUACAAGUCUAGAUACUUGUCAUGCUGACCGCUUUCCUUUUAAUGUUCCAUCCAUCCUUGUGUCACUGGAUGUAGACUGAAGGACCUGAGCGUGUCCCUUUGCUGAGCAUAGGGACAUGUAAGCAUGCACGGCAGAGGCCAGGCUUACACUGGCGCUAUUAGGUGUCGCUUAUUAGAUCAAUGGUUUUAAAUGUUCUGACUGGCCACCAACAAGAUCAAAUUUGAAUGUCUUGAAAAUGCAGCCUUGUGUUGCACUGAAAAAUACGUUUACUCUGCCAUAAAAUGUUGGAGGUUUACACUUAAAAAACUGCAGUGAGUGACCUGCUUGACAAGGUGUAGCAGUGCACUGGAUUUUUUUUUUUUAAUGUACAGUAUAAAUAUUUCAACCAGCAUGCUUUGCCUCAUGCUGUUUGGCCUUUAAGGAGUGAGCGGCAGCCUCAGUGUCACAUUUUUACUGGAUCAGAAGUCAACUGGAGUCAUUUGAUUGGACACAACAGCCUCACACUUACAAGCGGGACUUAAAAGAUUGAUGUGAAGGCAUUUAACUUAAGACAGGCCCUGGGUGCAAUGUUGUUUUAACCUUUAUGCAGACACCGAUGAUUGUAAUUGUUUGCUUUGCUUUUAUUGGACUCAUACUUACACUGUUACUGUAAUCCCUUCUUCUAAAGCUAAUAUAUUUAAUUUAAAUUUACAGAAAAUACAAGUUAUUUGACCUGAUUAUAUUUUUUCUGUAUAUAUUGUUACAUCUUUUAUGAGUGAAAUUUACCAUUAUUGAAAUAAACUCUGAAGUCCCACAUGG